GAGUAGACGAAAAUCCUCAUACAAAAAUAGUAAUUGUCUCUAAAUUGUUCAGUGUUUGUGUGAAUCCCAUCUAAUAAACAUAUUUUAGAAAAGCUUUUCGAACGAACGAUCCUCCUGAAGAGUGAUACCACCUAGUGCAAGCUAAAUCUUGAUUUUCAUUCGAAAAGUCGUUCCGACAAAAAAAAAACACCAAAACCGAAAAUGUGCGAUCCGUGCUGCGGUCCCUGCGAUCCCUGCUACUCCUGCUAUCCUUGCGGUCCCGUUCGGUGCAAGAGCCGUGAACUGCGUGGUGGAAUUCUGAUCUCGAACUGCGAGUGUCUGAAGCGCAACGGUUUGCAGCAUGACUGUCCACGUUCCGAAUGUCAGGCGAAACCAUGCUGCCUGACUAAACCGGAAGCAUCUUGCUGCCCUUCCCAAUGGGCUCGGCGUUUCCGAUUCGUGACGAUGGGCAAGAAGAGUAACCCGGUCCGGCCAUCACCGAACUGCUGCAUGCCAUGUGGAGGCGGUGGCUGCAACCCUUGCCCUAUUGAUCCUACCUGCUGUUCUCCUUGUGGUCCUUGUGGACCAUGCGGACCUUGUGGACCGUGUGAUCCUUGUGGACCUUGCGGUCCUUGCGGUCCUUGUGGACCUUGUGGACCAUGCGGUCCUUGUGAUCCUUGUGGACCUUGUGGACCAUGCGGUCCUUGUGAUCCUUGCUGUCCACCAGCCUGCGGACCAGUGUGCGAUCCUUGCUGUCCACCGGUUUGUGAUCCCAGCUAUCCACCUGUGUGUGAUCCAUCCUGCAGCGUACCAUACUAUCCACUGAAACGCAUCCGUUCGGCAGUGCGGCAACCAACGCCGAGACCAAAGAUGGCCAAAACCAACUGGUACUGCCCACGGCAGUACAAAAUCUGUCGUCCUCCGGCGCCGUGUCGCUACCGGGCCGCUCCCUGUAAAGCCCAUUGCUAUAACGUUGAACGCUUUUGCUGCCGGUGUUAGUGCGGGUCGCGCUGUGUUAGAGAGGGCUCCCGGCAUUAGAUGUAGAUUUGUCGCAUUUACGGUGAUCCUUGCAGUGACGCCUGCGUACCGUGUGGACCGUGCUAAUGUAAAAGAAAGAAACACCGUCGCUGAUGGACUAUCGCGUGUCAAACACAUUCUCUGUUUCUGUUACGCUUGGUGUAGUGUGCCAACCAGCAGACCUAGUCGUAGAAGCAUUUGUUAGAAAGGAAAUUCUAUCCGACCUAUCCCGCAAUCAGAUUGACGCCUAGCUCCGUUCGUUAAAAGCAAAUUACCCGUUGACCGAUGUGUUUCCCGUUUACCUGUUAAUCUGUUAUCUGUUGCGUGGUUCAGAAAUUUUAUGAAGCGAGUUAGCCCGAGCACAUCAUUAGCUUGCAAUGGAUUAGCAGCAUUAGAGCGGCACAAGAGCGAACGAUAGAAAGACGUGUAGUAGUAUCAGUCGUCGCAUCAGACGCAUUAGUAGUUGCUAGCGCUAUCGCACGAUCAGAGGUAUCACUUGAAAUAAAAAAAGCGUAUAACCAUUGGUACGAAU